AAACAUUCUCAUGAUCAUCAAAAUGCAGAUUACUAAGAUAUGUGAUAUAUAUCUAUCCAUACUUAUCUAUAAAGCUAGCUACUCCAUUAGUCUCUGACAUUUGUUUCUCUAGAAUAACCAUUACUACUUUAUUUAAAGAGAAGGGUUUCUUCUAUUAGUAUAUCAACACAUGAGAUAGAUGCUCACUUGUGCUGAACAGCUAAUCUCACAUGAGAAGUUCCUCCAAGCUUUUAAAGAGAUUUUUGUUUGUAUGUAUCUUUAUUCUUUAGUACUACUACUUAAUUCAUCACAUGACAAAAUCUAGUUGAAGUAAUGAGCACAGUUAGGAGUGCUUUUUGUGGCCAUUGUGUCCCUCCCAACCUCACACCACACCAGUUGAUCCCCCUAGAAAAAUGGGACUUGAUUCCUUUUCUUCCUCAUUAGGCUCAUUGGGUUCUGUUAAACUUUUGGUUUUCCCAAUGAAAAUUGACCUUUAAUUAGCUUGUCAUUUCACACUAGCUUCAUCCUUGUUCUAAAGAUUAAUUUGGCUUAUCUUUAAAUUAUUUCAUAAGCUAUAUAGGGUUGAAGACGUGUGUGUGUAGGAAAUCAAGUGGGGUGUGUGUGACAUGGGGAAGCUGAGUUUUGGGAGGGUGUUGGACUCUUUUUGUCUCUCUUCUGGCUCAAGUUCUUGUUUCUGCAUCAGUAACUUGGGAAACCAAGAUGAGUUUGAGAGAGAGCCACUGGUUGCAAGUGAAGGUGGUCAGUUGGUGAGAUUGAAGGAUGUUGUUGCUGAACCCCAGACCCUGGCUUUUCAACUAAAGCCCAAGAUGGUGGUGCUAAGGGUAUCCAUGCACUGCAAUGGAUGUGCCAGAAAAGUGGAGAAACACAUCUCAAAGAUUGAAGGAGUGACAUCCUACCAAGUGGACCUGGAAACCAAGAUGGUGGUUAUUAUUGGAGACAUUGUUCCUUUCGAAGUGUUGGAGAGUGUUUCGAAAGUUAAAAGUGCGGAGCUUUGGAAGAUCUCUCGCUGCUGAUAUAAUCUCACUGCAACUCUUCAAUCCAUUCCAUCAAUCCAUCCCCACAAAUUAAGAAUUGAAAGCAUUCAUAUGCUUCCAGUUCCAUAAUACAUACCAUUACCAUGUACAUGACAAGUUCCAAUCUUAUGGUCUCCUCCAGAUUUCCAUUUGAAGAGAAAGGGAGGAAGCAUCUGAAAACACUUGGCUCAUUCAACAGUUAGCCCAAGUGUUUUGUAAUGCUCAAACAAUCAUUUGGCAUUUGUCUUCUUGUCAUUAAUGGUUCCCUCAUUUUUUUAAGGAAUAUGUAUAUACUGUACUGUACUGUACUGUGGAAAUGUUAAGGCGUCGUUUGUCGUUGUGCUA